AGAGGAUUGCAGGAACCAAGUGUGAUCAUCAAUUUCUUCUGUGUUAUAUUUCGUAUAACAUGUCUUCUCUCUUCACUACCAAGAUGUUCUCAUUGUCCACUCUCGUGCUUCUUCUCCAGAUAUUCACAAUUAACCUUCACACUACAGAUGCUCAAAAUGUUGGCGUAUGUUAUGGCACACUGGGCGACAAUCUACCCCCGGCAAAUGAAGUUGUGGGCCUUUACCAAGAUAACUGUAUCCGAAAGAUGAGAAUCUUUGAUCCUAAUCGAGAUACUCUAAAUGCACUUAAAGAUUCAAACAUCGAGCUCAUUCUUGGGGUGCCAAACGUCGACCUUCAAUCUCUUGCAACCAGCCCUGACAAUGCUAUUACUUGGGUGCAAAACAAUGUCUUGGAUUUCUUCCCAAGUGUCAAAAUCACGUAUGUCGCAGCCGGCAACGAAGUGGAUCCCGUCGGUGAGUUUGCCCCACACGUUCUACCUGCAAUCCAAAACAUAUACAAAGCUAUUACGGACAAAGGCCUUCAGGAUCAGAUUAAAGUCACAACAGUCAUUGCCACAAGCAUUCUAGGAAGCUCUUACCCUCCAUCGCAAGGCUCCUUCAGAGCUGAUGCGAGAUCAUACAUUGACCCCAUACUCGGCUUCUUGGUAUCUGCAAAUGCACCUUUGCUAGCCAAUGUUUACCCUUAUUUUAGUUACUCUAGUAACCCUAAUGACAUAUCACUUCCCUAUGCUCUUUUCACGUCACCGAAUGUUGUCGUGUCAGAUGGUCAAUACGGAUACCAGAAUCUGUUUGAUGCCGUGUUGGAUGCGGUGCAUGCUGCAAUUGAUAGCACUGGAGUUGGUUUUGUGGAUGUUGUUGUGUCCGAGACCGGGUGGCCGUCCGAUGGAGCGCUUGGCGCCAGUGUUGACAAUGCAAAGACCUACUUAGUGGGUUUGUUUCAUCGUUCUAAAACAGGUAGCCCUAGAAGGCCUUCGAAACCCACGCAAAUCUAUCUAUUUAGUAUGUUUGAUGAGAAUCAAAAGACUCCCGAGCUAGAGAAACAUUGGGGGAUCUUCUUUCCUAACAAAGACAAGAAGUAUCCAAUACAGCAGCAGGAGGAAGAGGAAGAAGACUCUGCGCUGGCGAAGGUACGCAACCGCACUUCGAAGUGCGGAAAGACUUCGCCGCACUUCGAAUUCGAUAUGCGGCGUGCACCUGCCGCACUUCCAAAUGCGGCGUGCACCUCCACGUCCUUGCCGCACUUCCAAAUGCGCGUGCACCUCCAGCGAGCCGCACUUCCAACUGCGGCUGUGAUCCUUGCCGCAUUUCCAAAUGCGGCGUGCACCUCCAGCAGCUCCGCAUCCGAUCACGACCCACGAACCACGAACCCCAACCAAGCACAUAACAGGAAAGGAUGA